CAACCACGCAGCCACUGAAAGAAGAAACACGUUUCAUACUGACUGUGUAAUUGGUCGCGAUUUUUGUUUGGAAAAUUUCAAUACUUUAAAGUUGAACAAAAACACAAUGAAUCCAUAUGCACUAAAAGGUACAUUAGGUGGAAAGAGCAAGCGCAGGUGCAAGUGCAAGCAUGCAGCAUCGAAGGUUACAAUCAAAGAAGAAGUCGUUGUCAAAGAGGAGCCAAGAGACGAUUUCGGAAUGAUUCAUUACUCGCCUCCAUCACCAAUACCAAUGGAUGUGAAUGGCACGGUUAAAUCCGAGAGCGAGAGCGACAGUGAGCCGUGCACGAAAUACGAUCUUGAUUGUGCGAAGAACGAAAUCAAAAGUGAAGACGAAGAAUGUUCGAAGAAGAAUUGCUGCCCAUCGUCACCGGAUCAUGGUUCAAAUCAACGCGAAGGCGAUAAUAGAAGUGAUGAUCAUCGAUAUCGUCCAGUACAAACGGCAUACAAUAGCAAAGGGCAACGUGGACGUAAUUCGAAAGCGAAGAAGCAAAAAGGAGCCGAGAAGCCUAAGAAUCACAAAUGUGAUUUGUGUAGUUAUGCUACAUCACAAAAAGGACAUCUCAAUGUGCACCUCCGAAUCCACACAGGCGAAAAGCCUUUUGAAUGCGAAAUAUGUGCAAAGUCUUUUACACACAAGCAUGCUUUGAAACGUCACAGGAAAGUCCAUGCCACCGAAUUUCCAUUCCAUUGUCCAAAAU